GGGAAAAAUGGCGGAUGCUUUGUUUUGUUUUUGCGGAAAGCCUUACGAUAACACUCAAUUUAUGAUACAAUGUGAUUGUUGUAAGGAAUGGUUUCAUGGAAGUUGUAUCAAUGUAAAAGAAUACCAAUCCCAUGACAUUGAUAAAUUCUUUUGCUCCAAAUGUGAACCUGUCAGCGGCCCCACAGUUUGCAAACCAAUACUUAACUGGCACAGACAUAACUACAGUGAUCCUGAUGCCAGCCAAAAAGCAACACAAGCCGGAACACAGGUUUUCAUCAAAGACUUAAAAUCCCGCUCAUUUCUCAAUGCAGAGGAAGUUAUUCUCCGUUUAAGGGGACAGCAACUCACUCUACCCUACCUCAACAGCAGUGGUUUUACUAAGCCUAUAUUUGUGGAGCAUAAGGAUGGUUUAGAUCUCAAUGUUCCACAAGAUAACUUUACUGUUGAAGAUGUUGAAAAUUAUGUUGGUUCAGAUAGAAUAAUUGAUGUGAUUGAUGUCAAAAAGCAAUCGGACUUGCGCAUGGCCCUUAAAGAUUUUGUAGAGUACUAUUCAAAUCCUUUAAGAUCACAAGUCCUAAAUGUGAUAAGCCUUGAGUUUUCUGGAUCAAAUUUGAGUGCCUUGGUGGAGCCUCCCUAUAUUGCUCGUAAAUUAUGUUGGGCCAACAAUGUUUGGCCACGAGAUUAUCCUCUUGAACGUCCAGAGGUGCAGAAGUACUGCCUCAUGGGAGUACAAGAUUCCUAUACCGAUUUCCACAUUGAUUUUGGAGGGUCGUCUGUGUGGUAUCACGUCUUUAAGGGAGAAAAGAUAUUCUACUUGGUUGCACCCACUCCAGAAAACUUGGAUCUCUACUUACAAUGGAUGUUGAAACCAAAUCACCACGAAGUAUUUUUCGGCGAUAUGGUUGAUGCCUGUUAUCGAUUGGUGGUGCAACAAGGGCACACCUUGUUUAUACCAACGGGAUGGAUUCAUGCCGUACUGACACCAAAAGAUUCUUUGGUUUUUGGCGGCAAUUUCUUGCAUAAUUUAAAUAUGGAGCUACAGUUGAAGAUUUACAACAUCGAAGUUGCUUCAAAGGCCCCAAUCAGAUUUCGCUUUCCUUCGUUUCAAACACUGCACUGGUUUGCAGCGGAAAGGAUAGUAGAAGAUUUGAGAGAUAUGAACAGCAAAGGUUCUCGUUGUCAGGAGCAGUUUAUUCGAGGGAUCAGAGCGCUGGCCGCCGCACUGAAAAGCUGGACGAUAGAAAAAGAUAACGGCAAAGGAAGGAGCGAACCGAUCCCCGAACGUAUCUUAGUACCUAAACUACUAAAAGAAUUAAGUCGGGAGCUUCGUCAUGUCGAGAAGAACUCUAAUUUGUCCAUCCCUCAGUCUCCAGUGGCACCAUCUCUGCCGAUAGCCAAAAUUGAAAAAACUUCUCCGAAAAGAGUCCGUCGUAAACCGCAGUCACGUGCUGACUUUGUAGACAUCAACGAAGCGCUCAGCAACUUUGCAGCAGAAGAAGAUCGACUGUCUUCAAAAGUUAGUAAGAUGGAAGAAGUCCGAGCCGUCCCUUUCCUACCUCCCACUCUCCGUGUGUCUUCUCAACCUUAUUCAAUUAUCCCGCCUCGUCCAAAUGCUGUUCCGCUCAAGCUGCUUUUGCCAAAAAAGGGAAGUGAUGAAGAUGAAGAACGUCCAUUAAUGAUUGAUGAACAUAAACCAAAGAAACCGGCCAAGAUUGGCCAAAAUAAUCAACGGGGACCGAUUAAACUACGUUUGUCUGUUGGCGGGAAAACAGAAUAUCAGUUUUCUGAAACGACCGAAGUCGGUGCCCACAUGGACAUAGAAACGGGAGAAAGCAAAUUAGCUGGGGCCAACAAGAGUGGAAUCGAAGAGCUCCUUCGUGCAAGUAACAUGGCUGUUCCAGGAGCAUUGGAAGAACUUGCGGAUCCUGGCAGAGCAUCGCCUUCCACCAGAGAAGCCAUCGUUGGCAUGUUAACCAUGAGCCGAGGAUUUAGUUCUCCAACAUCAGAUCAGAACGGAUCGCUAUCCAUCAGUUCAUUGGAUAAGUCAAACCCGCCACCAGUUCCGGCUGUUUCUCAACGCCAACGCAAAGGAAGGAGGAGAUUAAAUUCGUCGUUGACGGAUGAUUACGGAGAUGUGGUUUCCAAAGUUCACCAGGAUGAAGAAUACAUUUACCCUUCGCUGGAUGCGUCUGACGACGAGGGAUAUGACAAAGAAAGUGCAAAGAAGAAAGCUGGUCGAGUGGGAAGGACAAGGUUGGACUCGGGUGACGAAUCGUGGAAUCCACGAGCUCGCGUCGGUCCUGUGGUGCCUAAAAAGGAUCGACCCACUCGUGAUGGCGCCAAGAGACCAGCUGUUGAACGCGUUUUGGAAGCCGCUGCUCAACGCCGAGCCCUCGAACCGACUCCCAAAAGAGCCUAUAUUCGUCGAAGCAAAUCACGAUCAAGUAUAAGUGAUAGUCCUCAAACCGAAGCUGGAGCUUCUGGCCCUGUGGUAGUUCCAGUUUCUGUUGCAGCUCCUGCAACUCCUGCAGUUUCUCCUCCAGCCCUCAGCAAAGCGGAGAGUAAAGUUAACCUGGGGAAGAAACCGAAAAAGGGAAUGGCAACUGCCAAGCAACGUCUAGGGAAAAUUUUGAAAAUUCACAAAAUGGUUCACUAACUUCGUCGUUGAUUUUGUUCAGUCCACCAAUUCCUUGUACACAGUAAAAAAAUCACGGUAACAAUUCAGUACAUAGAAAAUAAUUUUCAAAAAUAAUUUAAGACCAUUUUAAGAUGGGGGGGGGGGGACUAUUGCCGCUAUCGUCAGAUUUGUUUCAGUCAAUUGACGCUGCUGGAGUAAAAAGCCAUUUCGAACUAAUCCGCAAUUUUUUUUUGUAAAUUUCCUCCCGAAUUUCCGCCCUACGGUUGUCUUGUUUUGCUAUUCGUUUGGUGACACUAUUUUAUGGUUCUCGGUUGGCUAAAAGUUCAGCCUCGAUGAUGGCGACGCGAGACUCGAGUCUAGGAACUUUGUAGUUACGCAGCACAGCCAAUUCAGUCGUCAUGUUAGCCAGCAUUAAUUUCAUUUGCUCGAAUAUCGUCUGUUCCGGAGUUCGUCGCAGGUUGAUUCGCUGGGGUUCGCCACUUUCCGAGUUCCGCAGUUUCGCCAUCUCCUCAGAUUCAUUGGUAGCGGAUUUUAAAUUUGUUCUCACCUUUUGUUUUUCGAAAUAAAAAUCGUCAAAGAAA